AUGCAGCAUUCUGAAUCUUUAGAUAGUAAACUUUCUGAUUCUUCUUCUACUAAUAAUACACCAUACCAAAAAGUAAAAAAUUGCAUAUCUGAUGAUGAUAAUAGUAGUACUGAUCAUAGUUCAGAUUCUUUUAGUGACAAUAAUGAUAUACCAAGUGGUGAAGCUCGCCAACAUUGGCAAUAUGCUCAUAGGCAAUUUUGUCAAUAUAAUAUUAAUACGAUUGAAUAUUUACCUUCUGUUGAUCCUUAUGGUUUAUUGCAAAGAGUUCAUGCUGCCAUCUUUUUGUCUUUAGAUGAGCUUUGGGCUAUACUAUCAGACCUGGCUUUGAUCGUAUCUAUCUUUGACCCACAGUUCAAAACUUUUCAGUAG